ACCACGUCAAAAAUACAAAGAUGCCGUCGAAUGUGAGAAAAUACUUCUCAUGUAGGUGUAUACGACUUGUUAUAUAACCCUUAAGUAAAUAUAUUAGGAUAUAUACAAAUUUGUAUAUAUGGAUAAAUGCGUAUCAAGUCUUAGUAAGUGCAUAAUAUCGACGUAAUUGUGCAUCGCUGAAAUUCAAAGGCAAAAGGUUAGGCUUCUCUCACUAAAAAUUAUCUCGACAUGCCCAAACAUUUUUUAUGUUUUUACUUCGCCAACUCAUAAAAGAGAAUCUUAACGGACCUAAUCCUUUAAUUUUAAUUUCCAUCAAAAUAUUUUAGUCGGGAAUUUGAAAAGGGCGAAUCGAAAUGCAUAUCGAAGAAAUCUCAGAUGAGGUUGCGGAGCGCCUAAAGGUCUCGCAAACUGAGGGGGAGGGUCAAGAAGAAAAAGUAGAAACUGCGCAAUCAUCCCCGCCAGCACCAUCGACAGCGCAAGAUGGCGCAACAACUGCGUCAGCAGCCAUGUUCCCGGAGUUAUCGCCUGGUCGAGCUAUGACCAAUAAGAAAACGGUGGAUGAGGUAGUGGCGGAGUUGAAGAAAACUCCAUUUUUCAUGACGGAGUUAGAAGAGAACGAUGACACUGAGGCUUUCAAGGCCCUCGCUUAUGAAGGGACGCCACUUGAGGUUGCUUCCGAUUUCAAGGACCACGGCAACGAAUGUUUCCGCGUUAAGCGCUGGAGCGACGCUAAGGAGUUUUAUACCAAGGGUGUAUUGGUAUUAGCUGCUGAGGAGCGGAAGCGCGCAAAGGGCAUAGAGCAAGGAGUAGCCCCUCAAGCUGAAGAGAAGAAGACAGCAAAGGAAGACGGCAAAGAAAAAGAAGAGGAUGACCCCCAGAGCCAACGAGCUAUGCUCGAGUCCCUCUACGUCAACCGCGCCGCAUGCCAUCUCGAGCUUAAAAACUACCGUAGUUGUUGGUUAGAUUGUUCCGCAGCACUACGUCUCAACGACACGAAUAUUAAAGCAUACUACCGAUCGGCGCGGGCCUUCCUAGCUGUAGGCCGCAUCGAAGAAGCCGAUGACGCAUGCGCACGGGGCCUUGCUCUCGACGAGAACAACAACCCCUUGAAGUCCAUCGCGCGCGACAUUAUCAAAAAGAGUGAGGAGGUCGCCGCCAAGCAGCGAAAAGAGAAUGAACGUCUAAUGCGCGAGAAACGACGGGAAAUGCUACUAAAAGCUGCUCUGAAAGCGCGCGGUAUUAAGACAAGAACUACAGCGCAACCCCCCGAGAUGGAGGACGCAGGCUUGAGGUUGGUCCCGGAUCCGGAUGAUCCGCAUAGCACGUUGAAUUUCCCGGCUGUGUUGUUGUACCCCGCGCAUCUGGAGUCGGAUUUCAUCAAAGCAUUCGGCGAGACCGAGACCCUGGCGGAUCAUCUGGCGUAUGUAUUCCCGUUGCCGUGGGAUAAGAGUAAGGAGUACACAGCUGCGGGCGUUGAGUGCUACAUGGAGACACUGGGAGGUGGCCUUGUUAAAGUUGGCAAGAAGGCGUCGCUACUGAAGACGCUGUCUUCUGGGAAUGUGGAGGUUGUGGAUGAAGUGGUGCGAUUUUUCGUCCUGCCAAAAGCUAAGGCGGCGGCAUGGGUACAAGAAUUCAAGAUGAAGAAGGCUGCGGAGAAGGGUAGUGGGUGAGCAGUGAUCACGAAAAAAGCAAAUAAAACGAGAAAACAAGAAAAAUGAAGAGUUAUUGACUGGACUACGUCCAAUAAUGCUCACUUGACUUAUGUGCCACGCAUUAAGUAACGAGGUCGACUCAAGUUAUCGAAUUUCAAGUAACUUUUUGUAAUUGAUGCGAUGAUA